AUGUCAUGUCUCUUCAGUCUUUCUCCUUCACCACCUUCUCUCAUACCAAUCUCCUUGGGAAACAAUCACCAGAGUCCGACAACAAUGACGAAAAACAACAAAAGCGUCGCAGCCGCCAAAGCGAGCAUAAACCUCCAGAAAGUGCUCCGAAAAUUCCCCUCUCCGCCCAAGAAGGACGGCACACCGGAUAAGGAAAACAUUAUGGCGAAAAAAGACAAAGCGCGUAUCAAGGAGGCAAUGGACAUAGCGGAGGCAAAGGACAGAGCAGACGCUCAAGCCAGCGCUAGUUCAAGCGGGGGUAAGAAAAGGUAG